ACACACACAUACACGUCCUCUGAACCAAGAAAAAAGAAAGAAAAAAAGCCGAAACGAAACCCUUCAAAACGACGGCAACAACGACAAAAGAAGAAUUCCAUUUCUAGCUGACGAUCUCUCAUGGCUGUGACCACUAUGUAUGCGUCAGCAACAACUAUUGCGCACGGCAGACAACAAAAACAACAACAGAAACAACAGCGAAGAACAAUAACAACAAAAACCACAUUGAGUCGAGCGCGCACGAAAAGCGCAGCUCAAAUGACGACUAAAGCGACAAAACAACAACAACAACAACUGCGGCAGGCACAACAACAUUUGCUCAAGCGCGCCAUUUCAGCGCCCCAGUGGAUAUUUCUCUUAAUAUUAAUUUAUUUAGCAACAGAUGUUGCCUCACUGGAAGUUCAGACCAAGGAGGCAUACUUCAAUGGCUCCGCUUAUCUACGCCUGCUCACUCCCAUGCCCAUUUGGGAUCAUUCGGCAAUUAGUUUCCGCUCGUGCCGCGGCGGUGAAAUACUUGCUCAGCAAUAUAAUAAAAACUCUAUUGUAAUCUCAGUGCUCAAUGAUUUCCUACAAAUAUCAUUGGCCGGUCCGGCUGUGAUUGGACCCAACAAUCGUCUGGAUGUUAAAUUGCCCUAUCAACUCUUGGACAAUCGUUGGCAUACGCUGCAAUUCAAAUACGAGUACGGUAAUCUCUAUUUGCAUGUGGAUCGUGCAGCCACAAUAUUUGCAAAUUCUACAUAUAAUAGUCAAUUUUUAACCAAUCAGGAUAUUGGCAAUGAGGCAGCCAUUUUAAUAUUGGGCAAUUCAUUCUCUGGAUGUCUGUUGGAUGGUCCUGGUUUGCAAUUCGCCAAUGGCUCCAUGACCGUACAGAAUGCUGUAUUCGGUGUCUGUCCUUUGAAUCAAGGUCCCUGCAGCGAACAUGAUGUCUUUACACGAGUCCAAGAUAAUUUUUGUCUCAAUGAUCCAUGUAUGGGUCAUGGCACAUGCACCUCCAAUGCUGAUGGCUAUGAGUGUCGCUGUACUGCACGGUACUCGGGCAAGAAUUGCCAAAAGGAUAAUGGCUCUCCAUGUGCUGCGGGUAAAAAUCCUUGCACUAAUGGUGGCAGCUGUAUGGAGAACUCUCGCGGUGAUUAUCAAUGCUUCUGUGAUGCCAAUCACAGUGGUCAACACUGCGAAACAGAGGUGAACAUCCAUCCACUCUGCCAAAAGAAUCCCUGCAAGAAUAAUGCCGCCUGCGUGGUACUCAGCGGUAGUCCGUCGAUUUCAUGUGAAUGUCCUAAGGGCUAUGCGGGAAAAAUGUGUGAGAUUGAUACGGACGAGUGUGCCUCACAGCCCUGUCAGAAUAAUGGCGUUUGUAUUGAUCGCAUCAAUGGAUUCACUUGUGAUUGCACGGGCACUGGCUAUAGUGGCGCCUUCUGUCAGGCCAAUAUCGAUGAAUGCGAAAAGAAUCCCUGUUUGAAUGGUGGACGCUGUUUCGAUACCUAUGGCUGGUAUACAUGCCAGUGUCUAGACGGUUGGGGUGGCGAGAUCUGUGACAAGCCGAUCAGUUGCCAAACGCAACAGUGUCUCAACGGUGGAACCUGCUUGGACAAAACCAUCGGUUUUCAGUGCAUUUGUCCGCCCGAAUAUAGCGGAGAAUUAUGUCAACUUGGACCACCAGGAUCACUAUGUGCACAGCAAUGUCCCAUCGAUUCCGAAUGUAUUGCCGGCAAAUGUGUGUGUAAGCCAGGAACUUCGGGCCCUAUUGGUCAUUGUAUUCCAACUGCAACAACACCGUUACCAGAACUAUUAGUACCAACAACAACAGCAAUCACAUCACCAGCUAGUACAACUCUUUUAACAACAACAACAACAUCAGCAACAGCUACAACAAAAAUACCCCAAUUAAUAACAACAACAACAAUCAAAAACAAUAAACAACUAAAUAAACAACAACAACAAACACCCACCCAACGCUCGGCCUCAUUGAGUGUGACUACUACUCCCACUGCAUGUCCCCCAGAAAAUUGCUUGAAUGGUGGCACCUGUAAAGGAUUUGGCAGCAAUUAUACUUGUAUAUGCGCUAAAGGAUACACAGGUUACAACUGUCAACUGAGCACAGGGGAGGGUGCUGCCGCUUUACAGGCACUGACACCCAUCAAUUGUAAUGCCACCAAUGGCAAAUGUCUGAAUGGGGGCACUUGCUCCAUGAAUGGCACCCAUUGCUAUUGCUCUGUGGGAUAUUCUGGUGAUCGCUGUGAGAAGGCCGAUAAUUGUUCUCCAGCUAAUUGCCAAGAGCCGAUGAUUUGUGAGCAUAAUCAAUGCAAAUGUCCCGAUGACAAGGUGUGCAACCAGUGUGCCACACAACCCUGUCAAAAUGGUGGUGAAUGCUUCGAUUUACCCAAUGGUGAUUACGAAUGCAAAUGCUCACGCGGCUGGACAGGACGCACUUGUGCCAAUGAUGUGGAUGAAUGUGUGCUACAACCGACAAUUUGUGGCAAUGGCAUAUGCAAGAACGAGAAGGGUUCCUAUAAAUGUUAUUGCACACCAGGAUUCACGGGUAUUCAUUGUGAUUCCGAUGUGGAUGAGUGUCUUAGUCAUCCCUGUCUAAAUGGGGCGACAUGCCAUAAUAAGAUCAAUGCCUAUGAAUGUGACUGCCAGCCGGGCUAUCAGGGUGAUAAUUGUGAAAUUGAUAUUGAUGAAUGUAUUAAUAAUCCUUGCUCAAAUGGCUCUACCUGCAUUGAUAUGAUCAAUAAUUUCACCUGCUCCUGCAUACCUGGAAUGACGGGACGCAUCUGUGAUAUUGAUAUCGAUGAUUGUGUAUCGGCACCAUGUCUGAAUAGUGGCAAAUGUAUUGAUGAAUUGGGUGGCUUCCAUUGCGAUUGCAGUGGCACUGGCUAUGAGGGUAAAAAUUGUGAACUGAAUAUCGAUGAAUGCAUCUCGAAUCCAUGUACAAAUGGUGCCCAAUGUGUGGAUCAAGUGAAGGAUUAUUUAUGCGAAUGUCAUCCAGGCUAUACGGGCAAAAAUUGUGAUCAGGAUAUCAAUGAAUGUGAGAGUAAUCCAUGUCAGUAUAAUAGCAAUUGUCUGGAAAGAUCAAAUAUGACUUUAUAUCAAUUGAGUAAGUUUAUGGAUCUACCUAAGGUGUUUAGUCAGCCUUUCAGCUAUGAAAAUGCUAGCGGUUACGAAUGUGUUUGCGUUCCUGGCAUUAUAGGCAAAAACUGUGAAAUUAACAUCAACGAAUGUGAAAGUAAUCCUUGCAGCAAACAUGGCACUUGCAAUGAUGGAAUUGGUACCUAUACAUGCGAAUGUGAUCCUGGUUUCGAGGGCACACACUGUGAGAUUAAUAUCGAUGAAUGCGAUCGAUAUCAUCCAUGCAUGAAAGGGACUUGUAUUGAUCAGAUCAACGAUUAUGACUGCGAUUGCGAUGCAAACUAUGGUGGCAAGAAUUGUUCUGUGAAUUUAAUUGGCUGCCAACGGAAUCCAUGUUUAAAUGGGGGUUUUUGCCGGCCAUAUUUGGUCAAUGAAACUGUCCAUCUGUUCAAUUGUACUUGCGAGCAUGGUUUCCAAGGUGAUACCUGUGAGAAGACCACAACUCUUUCCAUGGUGGUUAGCAGUUUGAUUACGGUUAAAACUCAACGUGAAGAGGGUUACGAUAUCAAUUUACAAUUCCGUACCACUUUGCCUACCGGUGUUUUGGCCUUUGGCACUUCGGGAGGACAAAAUGAACCGGUUAGCUAUAUUCUUGAACUGAUCAAUGGACGUUUGAAUUUGCAUUCAUCGUUAUUAAACAAAUGGGAGGGAGUAUUCAUCGGAUCGAAAUUGAAUGACAGUCGUUGGCAUAAGGUCUUUGUAGCCAUCAAUACUUCACAUUUGGUGUUAUCGGCCAACGAUGAGCAGGCCAUAUUUCCAGUUGGUUCCUAUGAGACGGCCAAUAAUAGCCAACCAUCGUUUCCGUUAACCUAUUUGGGUGGCACCAUACCCAAUCUAAAGUCAUAUUUGAGGCAUUUGACUCACCAGCCAUCAAGUUUUGUUGGCUGCAUGCAAGACGUAGUAGUCAAUGGGAUGGUCAUCUUUCCUGACGAGCAUAUCGAUAAUGAUACGGAAUCCGAUACCAAAUUGUCCUAUGUGCAAAGUGGAUGCCCUCGUACAGAACAAUGCAAACCCAAUCCGUGUCACUCGAACGGCGAAUGUACGGACUUGUGGCAUACCUUCCGCUGCGUUUGUCCGAGACCGUUCUUUGGGCAUACUUGCCAGCACAAUAUGACGGCUGCCACAUUUGGUCACGAGAAUACCACUCACUCUGCUGUCAUUGUGGAGACAACAGAUGUGGCUAGACGAGCCAUACGUUCCAUAUUGGAUAUCUCGAUGUUUAUACGGACUCGCGAACCAACGGGUCAGGUGUUCUAUUUGGGCAGUGAUCCACGCAAAAUGCCAACAAAGAACAUUGGUGAUUCCUUUGUGGCUGCCCAAUUAAAUGGCGGUGAAUUGCUGGUGAAGAUGCAAUUCAAUGGCACUCCAGAGGCUUACACAGUUGGUGGUCAAAAGCUUGACUCUGGCUACAAUCAUCUGAUUGAGGUGGUGCGCAAUCACACACUCGUCCAAGUCAAAAUCAACGGCACCGAAUAUUUCCGCAAAACCUUGUCAACAACGGGCAUCCUAGAUGCACAAGUUCUCUAUUUGGGUGGACCAGCACCGACUCGCGAAUCUUUAUUGCCAGCCAGCACUGAACCUGGGCUGGUUGAUGCAGAGAGCACAGCAUCGGAUAUGGGAUCAGCUGCCAUAUCUCCUGCAGAUUACACUAAGGACUAUUUCAAGGGCAUCAUUCAGGAUGUCAAGGUCAGCAAUGGCUCCCACAAUAUGAUAGUCGAGAUGUAUCCCUUGAAUGUCACUGAAGUACAAGAGAAUGCAUCACCUUUCGGUGUCGUUAGCAUUGAUCGUACCUCUGUGUUACCCGGUGAAGUAUCGGAUGAUUUAUGUCGCAAAAAUCCAUGCAAGCAUAAUGCCGAGUGUCGGAAUACCUGGAACGAUUAUAGUUGCACCUGCCCGAAUGGUUAUAAGGGCAAGGAUUGUCAGGAGAUUGAGUUUUGUCAGCUGGUCAGAUGCCCUGGUAACAGUACAUGCCAGAAUCUGGACGACGGCUACGAAUGUUUGACUGAUAUUACAUUCACUGGCCUGGAACGGUCACCACUGGCCUUCUCAUACUUCAAGGAGCAGCAACCGGAGGACAAUGUGGGAGUGCCGACGAAAUCAACUUUGAAACCUGUUAUAGAGAUUGCCUAUCGUACUCGUGCCGGAGGCACUCUGCUUUUCAUUGACAAUAAUGAUAGUUUCUUUGAGAUUGGAGUAAAUGGUGCUCGUGUGACCAUUACUUGGAAACUUACCCAGCUUCAUAUUGGCGAAUCCGCGCGUUUUGAAAAAGAGAAUGCAGAUGGCGAAUGGAGUCGCAUUUAUUUACGAUCACACGGUGGCAAACUAGAGGGUGGAUGGAAGGGUUGGGAAUCCUUGGUGGAUCCAGCUCCCGCAUUCUCUGUGGACAUCGAUCAGGCGGCGUUCCAGGAUCUUCUUUCAACCAGUACUCAAGUAUACUUGGGCGGCAUGCCAGAGUCGCGUCAGGCUCGUGGCUCUACCCAAAGUGCCCAGCAGGGAUCUCAGUUCAAGGGCUGUUUAGGUGAGGCACGUGUGGGUGAUCUGCUUUUGCCUUAUUUCACCAAUGCCGAACUCUAUCCCCAUACCGAGAACGUUUCAGUGCAGCUGCAGGCCCAAUUUCGUUUAAAUUCUUCAAAACCGGAAGAGGGCUGCAUUCUAUGCUUCCAGUCGGAUUGUAAAAAUGAUGGUGAAUGCUCGGCUCCAUUCGAGAAAUACGCCUGCACCUGCAAACCUGGCUACGAGGGAGAUGACUGUUCUGUUGACAUUGAUGAAUGCCUUGACGUAGAGUGUCAGAAUAAUGGAACGUGCCUUAAUCAAGUGGCUGAUUUCUAUUGCCAAUGCCAAGUAGGAUUCGAAGGACGCCACUGCGAGCAGAAUAUCGAUGAAUGUUCUCCUAAUCCCUGCCAACAUGGUGGUAACUGUACAGAUCUGAUUGCUGCAUAUCUUUGCACAUGUACGGAAGAAUUCACAGGACCUCAGUGUAAUGUCCUCAAACAGAUGACCUGCGAGAAUGAACCAUGUCGCAAUGAAUCCACAUGCGAAAAUGGACACAAUGGGACGACUGGCAAUAACUUUACUUGUACAUGUGCCACAGGAUUCGUGGGUACUCUGUGUGACCUAUCUUUCUGCGAGGAGACGCCGUGUCAUAAUGGAGGCCUCUGUUUAAACGCAAACAAUACACCUACAUGCAAGUGUAGUCUCGGCUAUACCGGAGUUCUCUGCGAGCAGGAGAUCGAUGAAUGUGCCUCCAGUCCCUGUCAGAACGGUGGCAAAUGCAUUGAUCGCAUUGGCGGUUACGAUUGCAAUUGUCUGUCCACCGGUUUUGAAGGAACACACUGUCAAGAUGAUAUUGAUGAAUGUAGUCUGAGUGAGGAAUAUUGUGGUGGUCUAGGACGCUGCAUCAAUAGGCCUGGUACAUUUAAAUGCAUCUGCCAGACACCGCAUUGUGGAGCCUAUUGCAACUUUACGGAUCCCUGUAAUACAACGGGCAUUUGUGCCAAUGGCGGACAAUGCGUAGAAGCUUGUGGUGAGGAACCGGACUACUAUUGCAACUGCACUGAAGGAUUCACUGGCAAGAAUUGCACAGCAAUGAUUACGUCCAAAGAGGAUGGUCCGUCCACCACAGACAUAGCUAUUAUUGUUAUACCUGUUGUGGUGGUUCUUUUGCUCAUAGCUGGGGCUUUAUUGGGCACAUUUUUGGUAAUGGCUCGCAAUAAGCGUGCCACACGAGGCACCUACAGUCCUAGCGCCCAGGAGUAUUGCAAUCCUAGGCUGGAGAUGGAUAAUGUGCUUAAACCGCCGCCAGAGGAACGACUUAUUUAGUUUAGUUUAACAAAUUUAAUAACAACAACAACUACAACAGAUAUUCUUAAAAUCCGCCCAUAUUUUUUUGUAUUGUACUAAGCUCGUACCUAGUUAACGUCUUACAUUUAUAUUAAGGUGCUCAAAGCAAGCAACAACUGUAACCAUUCCAACUCUUAAUCCUAAUGCGUCACUUAGUUAGUUAAUAUUUGCCGUUGUCUAUUUAUUGUCCUAGUUCUUAGAUAACAGAAAAAGUGAAAACAAACAACAUGAAAACAAUUAUGUAGUCGUUAUAUAGUUAUGUUCCAUUAGUUAAGUUUUAGUAUUCGAUUUCUGCGAACAAACUGUUAAGCUGACACCACCCACCCACCUUUCCCAUUGCAAUGCACAUUCCAAUCAAAGUACUUAUUUUGUAAAUACUAAUGCCUUUUUGACAAUUCCAAAAUCAAAUUAGCUGAGCUAAACGAAACAAACUAACCUUCUAUAUGCCUAUAUAUAUGCAAGUAUAUAUCAAUUAAUGUGGCCUUAUAAGUUAUACAAAGAGAAAAACUGGCAAACUAAAUGCGACAUGAUAAAACUAGAACUUAAGUCAAAAGUAAAUCAAAUAAUAUUUUACAAAUAUACAUAAAAGAUUUUUCUCUAGAAUUUCUAAGUGUAAACUUAAGAGACUGUACUAUAUAUAUAUUUAAUUA